AUGUCAACCCAAAGCGAGCCAGCAACGAGCUCCAAUGGCGUCCGGGUGGUGGGCGACGAGGAGAAGGGCCUCCACAGAACGCAGACUGGGGUGACAAUGUCCCCAGAGCUCUUCGAGAAACUCUACCUCACACCAAAAGUUCCCCAUGUUGGGGACAACAACAGACGCUUUGCGAAUCCUACGGCAUUGGGGUUUGUCGGCUUCGUGAUCUCAACCUUCACCUUUUCAAUCGUCUGUAUGGGAUGGGGUGGAGCCUCAGGAUUCUCUCCUGUCGUGGGGAUCUUCUUCUUCGUCGGCCCCGUCCUCCUCCUCUUCGCAAUGGUCUUCGAGUGGAUAAUGGGGAACUUCUUUCCCAUGAUGGUCAUGGGGCUGUUCGCCGUGUUCUGGCUGAGUUUCGGAAUGCUCCAGCUCCCAACUUUGCAACUGGCUGCUCCAUAUGCCACCGAUGCUGAUCCGACAGGACUUGCCUCGCGCGAAUACAACACCGUCAUUGCGCUGUAUUUGAUUGUCUGGGGGUUCGCCCUAUUCACCUUCUUCAUCUUCACCUGCAAGAUCAACGCUGUCUUUGCCACUAUUUUCUUGCUGGUCAGCCUUGGAGCCUGGGUGUUGAGUGGUGCAUACUUUCGAGCAAGUGCCGGGGACUUUGAUGGCGCUGGGAAACUGCAAAAGGCGGGUGGUGCAUUAUUGUUCAUAGUGGCGUUGCUAGGAUGGUACAUGUGUUUCAUCAUCAUGGCGGGAGAAAUGCGCAUCACGCUGAGUCUUCCAGUUGGCGAUUUAAGCCAUCUCUGGCCUAAGACUGAUGUCGAGUUAGCGGCAGUUGAGCAGCGUGAGCAUCGGGAUUGAGGAAGGGGUUAAACCAUUGAGCACAUCGUUACUGGUGCAGGGAGUUUCAAACAUUGAACAUGUUUAAUGCACACCCAUGAGCCACCUA